CUGCUCAAACCAGCUCAAACAGACCCGAGACGACGCUGUUAGCCACUGAACCAUGUACCAACUAUACGGUUUAUUAUACCGGUUCAGUUCGUAGUAUUGUGUUAGGAAUUGUACUGUUAUCAAGGUCGGAACAUACAGGAUAGAGACGUGUUUAUGCAGUGAGGUAUUAUCUUAAUCAGUCCUCAUUUGCUCUUUUUGAUCGGGUCUUCCAGAAGGCGGGGAGCAGUGAUGGACAGCGAGAUGUCUGAUAUAGAGCAGCCUCCAGCUGUACUAGAUACAGAGAAUGCCCCUCUCUACUGCAUCUGCAGAAAACCAGACAUAAACUGCUUCAUGAUUGGUUGUGACAACUGCAAUGAGUGGUUCCACGGUCACUGCAUAAAUGUGACAGAGAAGAUGGCCAAAGCGAUCAGGGAGUGGUAUUGCCAACAGUGUCAGAAACUGGAUCCAUCUCUUUCAAUCCGCUAUCGGAAAAAAAACCGUGAUAGAGAUGUCGAGCCAGAGAGAGUUGAAAAACGGUCCAGCACUCCAGAGUACAAGAUCGAGCGUCGAGGAUCCAAAGUGAAGCGCUCUGCCCGUAUGUGUGGUGAGUGUGAACCCUGCACUAGGACGGAGGACUGUGGUCAUUGCGAUUUCUGUAAAGACAUGAAGAAAUUUGGCGGCCCAAACAAGAUUCGGCAGAAAUGUCGUCUAAGGCAGUGUGUUGUCCGUGCACGGAAAAUGCUGCGUGUUCGAGACGAGGAGUUUUCUCUGUGUGAAAGGAAGGACAAUAUAAUGCACAGGAAUAGACGAUACUCAGAUGAUUAUGAUGACAACGAUAUGGAGCCAUAUGAGCAUUACAAGGACAGAAAUGCGUCAUGGGGCAGUGAUGAUGAAGACGGCCCACUUUACAGCCCUGUCCCACGGAAGAAAGCUAUAAAAGUCAAGCACGUCAAGAGGAGAGACAAAAAAAUUGACAAAAAGAAAGAGUCCCGUCGCCACAAGCAGAAACAGAAGCACCGUGAUCGUUCGAGACACAGGGAGAGGGGAGACGGCAGACAUGGAGGAGACAUGCAGCAGUGUCUGGGGCCAAACUGUAUUGAGCCAGCACUUCCAAACUCAAAAUACUGCUCUGAGGACUGUGGCAUGAAGCUGGCCACCAACCGCAUCUAUGAGAUCCUCCCACAACGCAUCCAGCAGUGGCAGCAGAGCCCCUGCAUCGCUGAGGAACACGGCAAAAAACAGCUGGAGCGCAUCCGCAGGGAGCAGCAGGCUGCACGGAUGCGCCUCGCCGAGAUGGAGCGCCGUUUCCAUGAGCUCGAGGGCAUCAUUGCCAAAGCCAAGCAGCAGAUGGUCCAACAGGAUGAGGAUGUGAAUGAAACGGACAGUGAAGAUACAGACCUUCAGAUCUUCUGUGUGUCCUGUAGUCACCCUAUUAACCCCAAGGUGGCGCUGAGGCAUAUGGAGAGAUGUUAUGCCAAGUAUGAAAGCCAGACCUCUUUUGGUUCCAUUUUCCCAACCAGAAUUGAAGGGGCCACAAGACUCUUCUGUGAUGUUUAUAACCCUCAGAGUAAAACAUACUGCAAGCGACUCCAAGUUUUAUGUCCAGAACAUUCCAGAGAUCCAAAGGUCCCAGCAGAUGAGGUGUGUGGAUGUCCACUAGUGCGUAAUGUGUUUGAGACGACUGGAGAGUAUUGCAGGGUCUCGAAACGCAAGUGCAACAAGCAUUACAGCUGGGAGAAGCUCAGACGGGCGGAAGUGGACCUGGAGCGUGUCAGAGUGUGGUACAAGCUGGAUGAGCUGUUUGAACAAGAACGUAAUGUGAGGACGGCCAUGACCAACAGAGCAGGACUAUUGGCCCUGAUGCUCCACCAGACCAUUCAGCAUGACCCUCUGACCACUGACCUCCGCUGCAACAAAGACAGAUAGCGUGCCAACAAUCUCUGUGCAAAAAAUAUUUUUUUAUGUUUGUAUACUUUUCAUAUUGUAUAUUUGUCACUAUUUGGAUGAUGUCAAUCAUAUUAAAACUCUCUUCAUGUGUCUC